AUCACCCACUGGCAGAGAGAAACUUGGACAGAAAGCCAAGCAAAUAAUGGUAGAGUGCAUGGUGUAGUUAAAUGGGUAGAAACUUAAGAAGACACAUUAAAGGGAUCAAGUAGCAGAGAAAACAUCUUUCUCUCAACACACACAUCAAAGAUACAAACUUCUCAUUCAACAACAAGGAAUUCUUGCCCCGUUUGAUGAAGCCAAGGGGGUUAAAGAAGGGACGUCCUUCCAGAAUAUGAACUUGCCACAUCAGAAUGGACCUUAAAGAUGCCCAUUGAGGUCCCCUUUUCUUUGUUAUGGAGCCUGACCCAAACAACCUCCGUGACCCCUACAAAUCUGACCCAUGUGAUGAAGAGCCCCCAGAUCUGGAGUGUGCCAUCUGUUUUAGCCAGUUCAACAAUGUCUUCAAUACUCCCAAGGUACUGGAGUGCGAGCACACCUUCUGUCUGGAGUGUCUCGCCCGGAUGAAUGUGAAGUCUGCCCAACCUGACACCAUCCUGUGCCCGCUGUGCCGAGCGUACACCCCAUUACCCGACCUUGGUCUUCCUAAGCUCGCAAAUGAUUCCACGGUCCUGUCUUACCUCCCAGCUGCGAUGCAGUAUGUGUACAGCAUCCGCUUUAGCCGAAAUACAGGCAAACUGCAGGUGAAGAGAGUUCCUAGUUCUGCACCGGACAUAACACAGACCAUCAGCCAAAGCCUGGAUGUUGGGACCCCAGAAAACACAGAUGGAUCACAUGGCAUGGGCAGAGACAGUGGUAGAGAAAGGUCUUUAUUUGCCACGAUACUCAGGAUGCCCUUGUGCAGAGCUUUCAUAAUGUGCUCAGUGGCAAUUCUGACGGUCACUCUUACCACUCUCAUCAUCACCAACAUGAAAAACAAUAAAUGAUGGUGUGAGGCUAAGGAGGUCUAUAAUACCUGGAGAAAGUUAUUCAUUAUCAUUUCCAUUCAUCUCAACAGCAAUGGCUCGGCUAGCGCAGAAACCCCCAGAUGUAUGCAAUUUUAAAGUUUCCAUCUUUGCUCAUGGUUCUCAGAUCUGCCACCAGGUUUACUUUAAGCCAAUUGCUUGAGCCAAAAAUACUAUGUGACUAAUGGUGCAUUCAAGUCAUGUCAGAAUGAUCGUGUUUACCAGUUGAGAUUUACAUUUACAUUUAUGCAUUUGGCAGACGCUUUUAUCCAAAGCAUAAGACUUACAGUGCACUUAUUACAGGGACAAUCCCCCUGGAGCAACCUGGAGUUAAGUGCCUUGCUCAAGAACACAAUGGUGGUGGUCGUGGGGAUCGAACCAGCGACCUUCUGAGUAACAGUUAUGUGCUUUAGCCCACUACGCCACCACCACUCCAUAAGAUGGGGUCAUGCCAAUUAAAGAGUCAUAGCAGAAGCAAAGUAGUAAUUGUAAUAACUCAGUUUUAACUUUUGGAUUUUUACUGUAUUGUUAAAUUUGUAUGCAUUUUUGUACAGUUUAUGAAGAAUAGCGAUAAAUCUUGCCAGAAAAUAAGAUUCAUUUAGCUGGUCUAUGAGGUCGACAGACAUGUGCAACAAAACUACAUUUCCUAUCAUUAUAUGUGGUGGCAUAAGAAUGAUGCAAUUGAUAACAUAUCAGUUAAACACAUAAUAUGUAGCUUUGCUCUUUAUUUUGUUGCAUUGGUGCUAAAAAUGCUUCUUUGUCAAUAAGUGAAAACGAGAGAAAGAAAUAUGAAGUAGAAAAACUGGUACAUUCUUUCAGACUGAAAUCACUUGAAUGCACAUCACAUGCAUUUAUGACUUAAGAAUGUCCCAGGACCUAAAUGCAGCAUAACCACUUUGGAGCCACAGUAAGAUGACGUCAUGACAAUGCUGAUUGGCUGAUGCCACCACAGGAACGCAUACAAUCCAAAGCCCUGCAGCAGUGUCAAAGGCAACAGACAGAGAAAGAAAUAAGUUAAUUUCAUCCUUUUAAGAGUAAAACAUCUACAUCUAAUGCUAACUAAUUUGACCAUUUAUUUGUUGCUUGCAAAAAAAGUAUUCCUUUAGAAAACAUGGCUACAUUUGAUUGACUAUCGAUUAAGAAUGAUGCGUUUUGCUGCCGGAUGAUGUAGGGUGUAGUUACAACUUACACCAGCAGGGGAUAACUAGGCCAUGCUAACCAGCCAAUCUAUGGACAGCCUUUGUUGAAUGCUAUUGACAACCACAGAAAAUAAUUUUGCCAAUGAACCCUGUCUGAGCAAAGUUACAUCCAGGAAAGUUAUCAAAAGUUACCAAUUCGGAGAAGCUCUUUGAAAACAAAUCCGUUUUGUGGCGCUAUGGUGAUGAAGGGUUUGCCUGCAUCCAGCAAGACUUGGCUGGACGCAUCACAAAAGUUACAGCAGCAUCAAAUAACCAGUGAAAGUCAGAUUCAACAUAAAUCAUAAACUGUGUUUGUUGUAUUGUGAGUCCAGCAGCAACCCUACAUUUAAACGUAAACCUAACCGUAACCAUACUAAACCUAAUCCUAACCACAAAUGUAAAAAAAUGAAAGGUUUGGGGUCCAUUUGGUGUGUGUUUUUACAUAUAGAAGAUUAUAUUUUUAUGUUGUUUGCUCAUCUGCAAUACGUGUCCUAUUAGACAUUUCUUCUUGGAUGUCAGUAAGACAAUCAGCAGAUUUCUUUGAGAUGUUUAUGAUUUAGAAUAUUUGUAAAACUGAUCUUUUUAAGAUGUUUAGCAGAUUCUUAUUACAUUGUGAUGCUAUCCAGAUAAAAAGAUCUAAAACAGACAUCUCAGAUAUGUACGAGUGCUAUCUGGGAGAUGAACAGGCUUGCAAAUUAUACACUUCAGCUUUAAAUGACAGACAUGAAAUGUUAAAAUGCUGUAGUUCCACUGGAGCCGCUGUUGUGCAGUUUAGACACAAGACACUUUCACAUUCCUUGUUGAUUUUUAGGAUAGCUCACCCAAAAAUGAUAAUUAUUUCAUCAAUUACUCACCCUCAUGUCAUCCCAGAUGUGUAUGACUUUCUAUCUUCUGCAGAACAUAAAUUAUGAUUUUUGGAAGAAUGUUUCAGCACUGUAGGUCCUUACAAUGCGUGUGAAUGGGUGCCAAAAUGUUGACACUCCAAAAAGCACAUAAAGGCAUCAUAAAACUAAUCUAUAUGCCUCCAGUGUUUUAGUCCAUAUCUUCAAAAGUGAUAUGAUAUAUGUGGGUGAGAAACGGAUCAAUAUUUAAGUCCUUUUUGCUAGAAAUUCUUCUUCCUGCCCAGUAGGGGGCAAAAUGCAUGAAGAACGCAACGUCACCAAAAACACAAGAAGAAGAAGGUGAAAGUUAAAUUGGAGGGGAAUUUAUAGUAAAAAAUGACUUAAAUAUUAAUCUGUUUCUCACCCACAACUAUCAUAUCACUUCUGGAUUACUUUAAUGCCUAUUUAUAUGAAUUUUGGAGCUUCAAAUUUUGGCACCCCUUCACUUGCAUUGUAUGAACCAAAUGAACUAUGAAAUUCUUCUAAAAAUCAUAA